GAAAUAGAACCCUGGAAGAGCUAACGAGGGUUUUGCUGGUUCACUCUCUCAAAGCUCCGCCAAUCCAAAUCAACAGAUUUGGAUAUAAUCAACGUAUAUAGAUCGAUUACUCUUGCGGAGAAAUGCAAUCAAUUCGUAGCACUACAAGAUUGUUGCUUCAGAGGCACCGUUUCUCUGUAUCCAACACGCUUCGUUUCACUUCUUCUUCUUCUUCUGGAAGCUGGGCUGAGAAUGAAUCGAGGAGGAGCCUUGGGUUUGAAUCUUUCCGUUCUACCAGGGAUUUUGAUUCAGCUGCAGCAUAUCACAUUAGCUCCUUGAAGACUUCUGCUUUUUCCUCAUCGGUGGUACCUAAACAAAACUUGAUGUAUUCAUCGAGGUGCUUUUCCACCGUUGGAGAUUCAGUUCAGACUACUUCUCAAGUAUCCCCUGAGUUAGCUUCUGAUGUUCCUCAGAGAAUCAAGUUUAAGCGCCUUGAUAAAACCGCCAAGCAUAUAAUGCAGAUUGUCGACAAGGAGGCAAUUGAGGAAGUGAGAACUCAUAGGGAGAUACCGCAGAUUAAGCCUGGUUACGUAGUGCAGCUAAAAGUGGAAGUGCCUGAGAACAAGAGGCGUGUAUCAGUUGUAAAAGGUGUCGUCAUAGCAAGGCGUAAUGCUGGUCUUAACUCAACAUUUAGGAUUAGAAGGCUAGUGGCUGGAGUGGGAGUUGAAUCCAUGUUCCCCUUGUAUUCCCCAAAUCUGAGGGAGAUUAAGGUGUUGGACAAGAAGAAAGUAAGAAGAGCCAAGCUUUAUUACCUGAGGGACAAGACGAAUGCUCUUAAAAAGCAUUAGCACACCUGCAGUAUUCAUCUUGUUCUGAACAAUGAUGUCUUUGAGGGCUUUUUUAGUUACACUCCCCUAAGGAGACGAUUUGGAUAUUGGAUUUGUGUAAUGGUGGAUCUCUUCAAUCCUCUUAAUAAGUUUUGUUUGCUUAUC